CUCGGUGGAUCUCCUGUACCUGGGUGAGGACACAGAAGACCCAGCCCGCAAGCCCAUGCUUUGUUUUAUAGUCUUUUAAAACAAGGGUGGAUUAACGGGUACAUAGAUGUUCUUAUUUUGGCAACACUUGCUGUACCUCCCACAGCCCAUUAGUGCUUAGGAAGGAAUCAGGGAGGCUGCAGGGUCAGGCUUAAUGAUGCAGGAGAGCUCUGCCCUCCAGGCUGGGACCUCUUUGUGGCCCUGCCACAGGUCAGCCCCAGGCUUGACCCUAGAGCUGCUCCCCACAGUUUAUCACUUCUUGGAAGAUAGAAGAGAUCAAGUUGGGCACCUGGCAUUUGAUACAAAAGUAGACAAAGUCUGCCUUUCCUCUUGUUGGCCUGUAUUUCUGUUCUGCCUCCCACUACGUUUUAUAAGAAAGGUAAGCAUCAGGACUAACUCCACGGUGUUGCGUCAAUUCCUGUCUCUAAAUGCUCUACAUAAACAUUUCCAAGUAAUAAAACUCGCGUGGGACAAAACUUCCUGAGCAUUUCUGUGGUUUGGGUCAUCUCUAAAUCAAGGCUUAGUGCGGUCCCCCCAACCACCAAAUGUGAGAGCUCCAUCAGGGGUGGAUAACGUGGGGUACACACACCUGGGGGCACCUCAGAAUACUCCCCAGGUGUGUCCCAGAGCACGGAAACACCCUCCCACUGGAGCCGUGUGAGGAGGGACUAGGGACAGACAAGCUGGCAAGGGUGAGCCCCUGAAGAUCACGGGCACCCUCCAGCCGCAGCCAGAGACCAGGCCAGCGGCCUCCCAGCUGCCAGGUGUCUCCUGCGGGAGAGCCCCCUCUGUGGGCAGCACGCUGCCCUGGGGAGCAUCUGUGCGGCACAGCCCGGCUCCCCGGCCCCUUUGGUUCCAGGCGGUCUUACAGAACCUUGGUCGCUGCCCAGAGCUCAGCACAGCUUGAAGCUCCCGGUGGACCCUUGAUCACCUUCAGCAGAACGUUGGUUCCUGGGGAAUAAGUGAGUCAGAUGAUCCAGGGGACUGGGACAAGCCUUGUGAUCCAUUCACGGCUCUUCCAUUGUGUGUCAUUCACUGGCCAGUGAGACUUCGCUAUACUCCUGGCCUCCGCCUGCUGCCUUCAGACUGCGCUCACCUCCUGUCUAGGUGCCAGUUCCCUCCUGAUGAUCCUUCAGACUCCACCCAAAUGCCCUUUUCAGGAAAGCCUUCCUGUGUCACCUGACACCUGCUGAACACUCCCUGCUCUAAUCACCAUUUAAUAAGUUACCGUACAUCCUUAGCUACCCCCGGGCCUGCACCUGGUGAAAGCAGUGAGUGAGGUGUGGGGAUGGCAGGGCUGGAGAGGGCAUUCCUCCUGGGACCAGUGUUUCCAGAUCUCACACGUUUUCAAACGGAGCCAGAAAUCUAGGUUCUAAAAAGAACCCCCAACCCCCCAACAUUAAAUCCUGCAAAUAUUAUCUUUAGAAACAAUGUAAGCCAAUGGCUCCUAAUGUACAGCCUUUGGUUUAAUUUUUGUUUUUAGUCCUCACCUAAGGAUAUGUUUUUAUUGAUUGGAAAAGGAAAGAAACAUCAAUGUGUGACAGAAACAUCCAUCCGUUGCCUCCCGUACGCACCCUGACCAGGCAUCGAACCCACAACCUAAGCAUGUGCCCUGACCCUCAACCUUUGGUGUGUAGGACGACACUCCAACCACUGAGCCCCUGGCCAGGGCGCCUCUGGUUUAAUGUCUUUCUCACUGGGCUCAGCUCCACAGGGUCACAUGCCACGCAUUUGACACAGCAUCUGGACUUAAAUGAAUCACAAACAAAAGCUGGCCUCAGCCAGCUCAGCACCAGGGCGUCAGAAAGGCUGGCAAGGGCAUGGCAACCACCAUCCACCCUCUCUUGUUGAUUGCCUGCUGGGAAUGCCACCCGCUCCCUACGUCCUCCGACGGACCCUGGCCUCACUGGCCUCCCUGCCGCCAUCACAAUGGCCCGAGCCGCUCCUGGCUGGGGCCUCUGUGACAUCAACCAUCUCAGCCCAGCACUCAGAGUCCGGGUGCGAGGGCACCAUGAGCAGCCUCCUCCCCCCCUCUGCUCACCAUGCGGACCCUGAGAUGGACCUUGUUCCUGCCCAUGUGCCUGUCUUGCGGCUACGCCUUUAUGUUUUCUUCUCUGAGGGAGAAUGUCAAAGAGCCCCCCGGGAAGGUGCCUUGCGGAGGGCACUUCCGGAUUAGGCAGAACCUACCAGUCCACGCCCCAAGCUGGCUCGUCAGCAAGUGGCUCUGGUUCUUUUUUAUUAUUCUGCUGUAUGUAAUUCUCAAGUAUCGAAGAGAGAUUGAGAAGAGUAAGGAAAGGAUCCUUCCCAGCCCUCGGGGCUCUCCGGUUCGUGCUGCACCGAAGAAGAACCAGGGUGCGUGCCCCAGCAAAAACUACGCUCUCCACACCUUAAACCAACUCGAGAUGGACCUCGUGCAGCUCAUGUCCAAGGUGCGGAAUCUGAAAGUCGCCAUGGUAACUGCCAGUGAACACAAGGCGCAGAACUUUGAGAGGCCCAUAGGCCCACAUAGCAAUGUGACCAUCUAUGAGAUAUGGGGCGAAGAAGAGUGGGAGUGAAUGGAUGUGUGUGUCAGAGAAGGACAGCAAAGUCGAGGGUAGGCACGCCAUAUGCAAACCAAUAAAACUGUUCUGAAGAAAAAUCUCAAAUCUGAGAUAUUUCCCCCCUCUUUGGUUAAACCUGAAAAAAAUAAAUGUGAGACCAGUAGCCCUGGCCGUCGCCAUUAAGGUUUUGGUUUUUGUGCCUUUCUCGCUUCCCCUAGGGUUGAGGUGGUGAGACUCCUGGCCAUGGGGCCAGGGCCUGUAGGACAAGGUUUGGGAAAUUUGGGAUGUUAAUCUCAUUUCCAUUGUUACUGUCUUUAUAUUAGCUAUUAUUUGUGCAAAUGAUGGAACUGAUUACCUUUGUAAUUGAUUACAUUAUAAAGGACAACUUUAAUUAUGGGUUUAAAAAAUGAUUGAAUUAAGGGUGUGUGUGUGAGAGAGAGAAGAGAAAGAGAGAGAGAGAGAGAGAGAGAGAGAGAGAGAGAGAGAGAGAGGGGCAGAUGAUGGUUUCCAGAACCACUUACUUGAUUUUCUUACCCCAAAAGUCUUAUUCAUUUCAGCUCAUGAUGCAUUGAUUGCCUUCUACCAAUUAGCAGUUACAUAUGUCUAACUGGAUUAAGAAAAUGGAGAGUUGAUUCAUACUAACUAGGGCUUUGUCAGUUACUUGCUAUGAAUGUUCUUUAUUAUACCUAUUAAAAUAUGGAUGUUUUGGCAUGCUAAUAUGGCCAAUGGGAAGUACACUUGCUUAAUGCGGCUGUUAAAUUAGCUUAUGGCCCCUUCUGUAGGCCGCCCUGACGGUUCACAGAUGCGCCGUGUGGGGCUAGAGGAGCAGCUGAGGACCAGGGCCAUUCCCUUCCUUCCACCUUCCUUCCCAGCUACAGAAGGUGAAGUCCGCCCUGGCUGGUGUGGCUCAGCUGGACGUCCUCCCGUGCACCCAAAGGUCACCAGGUCCAUUCCUGGUUAGGGCAUGUAUCCAGGUUGUGGGUUCGGUCCCUGGUUGGCAGCCAUUUGAAGGUGUUUUUCACUCUCCCCAUCCCCCGUCCUCUCUCUCUAAUAAUUAAUAAAAAUAUGUUUACCCAAAAAAAAGUUCAUUCCCACUGCUUGAGCAACAUCUUCGGCAUCUGUCCCACGUGAGCGUAGGAGUUAGGGCUCUAAUGAAAGCUGCCUGUCUGCUCCCUCUUGUCAAUGUUACUCAUCUUUGAAAAGUGGUCCCUGAACACUUGACUGCAACUUACAGGAUAGGGGAGAACAGAAGGAGCUGAGAUUAAUUCUGGGUUCUUACUGUUUUCAAUCAAAUGAGACUGAGUUAUUUUCACUGGACACUGAAGAAACUCAGAUAAGCUAAAAAUGCUUUGGCUUUAGCCUGUGAAUUCAAUAUGGGGCAG